AUGGCUGAAGCGCUCAAUAUCCCUAAACACUCCAUCUUUCACUGGUCAUCUGCCGACUCUUCAAAGGAUUUCGUCGUCCACAACCCUGCGACUGGAGGGAUCCUGACAACUGUUCGUGGAGGAGAUGCUGCCACCACAAAUGCAGCCAUCGAUGCUUCCUCCAAGGCCUUUGACAACUGGAAGCAGCGAAGCUUGGCAGACCGCGGGCAAAUCCUGUUGAACUGCUCUGCCGCUCUCGAGACGCACAAGCAAGAACUCACAAACCUGCUCUGCGCCGAGAACGGAAAGCCAGCUCUCGACGCGGCCUUGGAUGUGGCCUUUAUCGUCCAGGUCUUUGGCUUUUUCGGCUCUCUGGUCGACAAGCUUCCUGGCCAGUUCCACGACCGCGGAGUCGUCUAUUCCUCCAUUAUCCGGGAGCCGCUUGGCGUGUGCGCCGGCAUUCUACCCUUCAACUGGCCGCCGAUUCAUGCCGGUGGCAAGAUUGCACCAUGCCUGGCCGCUGGCAACACCAUCAUCAUCAAGCCGGGAGAACAGGCCCCGUUGACAGUGAUGCGAAUCGUCGAGAUCCUGCAGACGGUCCUUCCCAAGGGCGUCGUGCAGGCCGUCCCCGGAGCCGGAGCCGAGGUCGCACAGCUGCUCACGGAGAGCCCUGCGGUAAAGAUGAUCUCGCUUACCGGAUCUACCGCUGCCGGCGCUGCCGUCGCCAAAACGGCAUCGAAGCUUGUCAAGCGCACCGCGCUGGAGCUCGGUGGCAAGAACGCCUUUAUCGUGUUUGACGACUGCGACAUGGAUCGAGCGGUCAAGGGUGCUUUGGAGGGCGCCUUUUUCAACAAGGGUGAGGCGUGUACGGCAGCAUCGAGAUUACUGGUGCACGAAAAGGUCUACGAUGAGUUUGUCAACAGACUGGCCGCCGCGGUGCGCAGAUUGCGAGUCGGAAACGGAUUUGACAAGGCGACCCAUGUCGGCCCUGUUGUUUCCAAACAGCAGCAGGAACGAGUCAACAGCUACAUUGCCUUGGGAAGCGAAGAGGGUGCCAAGAUUGCGGCCCAGGCUGACUUGCCGUCAGACCCUUUGCUCAAGGACGGCUACUUUGUUGCGCCGACGCUUUUCAGGGACGUGGUACGCACAAUGCGCAUCGCCCAGGAGGAAAUAUUCGGCCCCGUGGCGACGGUGUGCUCGUUCAGUAGCGAGGCAGAGGCUGUCUCUGUUGUGAAUGAGUCGCGAUACGGACUCGUGGCCGCUGUUUGGUCCAAGGAUAUCGAGAAGGCACUUCGUGUCAGCAGGCAAGUCGAUACGGGCAUUGUCUUCAUCAACAACUACUUCAGGAGCGGGCUGGGUUUGCCUCACGGAGGAUCCAAGGAGAGUGGCUAUGGCAGGGAACACUAUAUUGAAACCCUCAACGAAUGGUCCACCAUCAAAUACAUUCAGAUGCCAUCAGGCCUGGGGCAAGUGCCUGCCUGGAGAUCUGUCAAGGAUGUCUUUGACGAUGAGUAG